AUCUAUGAAAUGGAGGAAGGACAAGUUAACGAAGAAAAGCCAAGCCAGGAUGAGUGGCCUUUGGAAAAGGCUGAGGUUGGUGCUAAAGAAAUUCUUGUUACUUUUUUUUCUGAAAGUUUGUGGGAUCUGUUCCCUAGAGGCUGCAAAGAAAAGGAGUUUGUAAUAUGAUUUAAGGUUUUUGCAUUUUUUUGCAUGAAUUAUUGAUCAUGACUUUAGGACAAGGGUCUUUCGUUGAGUUAAUCGUUUCAGAGAGUACAGAGUUUAAUUUAUAUAUGUUGUAGUUAAUUUUUUAUCUCAAGUAAUUUUUGUUUUUCUUUUGUUUUUGCGUAUGGUAAAGUAUGCUAAUGAAGUUGUAACAAAAGAAAAAUAAAAAAACUUUCCUUAGAUAAAAAAUUAACUAUAACAUAUAAAAUAUAAAACAUAUGUACAUUCUAGUGAAGAGUUUGAUUACAGUUAAAUUACUGAAAAUAACAGUCCCUUGUCCAUCUAGGAGGGCAUCAUCAUAAGAUCCUUUUCAGUGCUGUAUAUUAAUUUUGCAAUAUAAGCUUAAGUCAUUGAAAUAAUAGUGAGGUCAUGUAGUAUUCUCCAGAAGUUCCGGAGACCAGGGAAAGUUGCCUCCUAGUUAACGCAGAGGUGUUGGCCACUCACUGAAAAUAAUUUUAAGUAGGACGAUAAAGCCAACGUAUUUCAUUCUAUUUUUGUUCUGGAGGAGGUGGGCCAUGCUGGGUUACUCCAGCUUUCAAGUAAUGGGAAUGAUGAAAUGGGGGCAAAAAUCAAAAUCUAAAAAAAAAUCCCUUGCGCUUCCAACAGAACCCAAAAAAAUCCCUGGACCAAAAAUUAAGCCCCAAAAAAUCCCAUUCAAAAUUUCCAUAUGUAAUGUAAUGCCUCAAAUUUUCCUACCCAAAAAAUCUUUCGAUCAUCCCCGCCACUUGAAAUCCUUAGUACCCCCCAUAGGUUUUGGUUCCCAACACUUAAGUUCCGUUGAUGCACUUGUGGGUAAAAAAGGGUGUCAUCCCCAUGGCUAAAUUUUUUUCCCUGGUUACUCAAAGUGCACUGAAUAACACUUUUUAGGAACCCCCAACUAAACAUUUUCCCCAGUGGAGGCCCUCAGAUUCCACCAGUGAAAGGUGGGUAGCCCUGGCCCUUGCCAUCCCCAACUCUACACACAGUUCUGCCACAUGAAAGAUGCACUUUUCAAUCUCAUCAGUUGCCAGCUAUCUUAUGUUUUUCUCCUUCAUUGUGUAUCAAUAGUUUCUGUCUUGUACUUUGAAAAAAAAAAGGACAGCCAACAAGAAGGGGAAAUUAAAAUUUUACAUUUUUGAGGAUGAACUGUGAUGGUGCAUCCAAUAACUUGGUAGUAAUGCCAGCAGUUGAUACUUGUCUUUUGAUAAGAUUGUUUUCAUGCACUUAUGCAUUAAAUUUUAGGUUGCAGUACAGCAACUCUAUGAAUUUAGAGAUCAUUACUUUGAACACAAUUCCACUGAAAAAGCUUUGUUAAAAAAUCAAGAAACCGAGGAAAAGUUAAAGGAGACUUUAAAUAUUCUGGAUUAUGUCCAAGGUAAGGAGAACAUUGGUUUUUUUAUUCUACAGCAUCAAAUCUUAGCAACCUCAUUCCCAGGUUCCCCCUCUUCUUUAUCCUGCUCUGUAGGGACAGGUAGGAGAGGACCCUGGGGGUGAGGUUGCAAAUCAUUAUCUUAGGUGAUUUUCACAAACUGGAUGGGAGUCAAUUAUGUCAGUGAAUUCAAAUUCCUUGUGUUCAUGUGGCCUUGAAAUUUGUAAAGAGGUAGAAGUGGAAGAAAAUCUGAAUUUCAAGGUCAGUAAAAAUUGUUCAGAGCUCAGAGAAACGUUUGGGAAUUACAACCAAACCAGGUAAAGUAUGCCCUAUGAAUUCUAUUAAUGAGUGCAUCAAUUGAAAAUUGAAUUCAUUAGUCUACCAAACCAUGUCUGUUAACAUAAUAUAAAUCUAGAUUCAUGCAUGCAUAAAAACGUAGUGACUGAUUUUAUACUACAACUUGUCUGUAUUUCAUCAAAUUGAGAAAUCUUUCACACUUUGAAUGUAUAAAACUCCUGAAGAAGUUCAAAAAGAAAGCUGAGCUGACAGAAAUUUUAACUGCCUGAUGCAUGAAUUUACUGCUUAUUACAUAUCCAAAAAUAAUGAAAUGAACCUGAUAUAAGCAACUGACAGAUUCAAUUUUCAAAUAAUGAAUUUAUCAAUAGAAUCAAUAGGGAUAUUCAUUUCCUAACAUGACUGUAAUGAGUGGCACGCUGAAUAGAUGCUAAUCUCCAAACUUGAAUAAAAAGGGUAAAGUAAAUAAAGUAUAUAUUUAGUACAUUUUAAAAUUAACAUGACUUGUAGAAAGUUUUAAGUAAACAUAUUCAAAGGCUUCAUUUAGUUUGCAUGGCAGCAGCUAAAUCAUAUGACAAAUCAUUUCAGCCUGUAGUGAAGAAACAGCAAAGUGUUUGUUUUUGAGAGGAAAAGCUCUGAAUGUAAUGCCUCACUAUGAUCCUAUGGCUCAAGAUGCUCUUUCUAAAGCUGUCAAGAUGAAUCCUAAACUGGUUGAGGCCUGGAACUGUCUUGGAGAGUGUUACUGGAAGAAUGGACAAGUUGAAGCAGCAAGAAACUGUUUUGUUGGAGCACUGAACCAUGUAAGUUUAUCCUUCAACAAAGAGUUGACUUUAAUGAAGAAACAUACUAGCCAAAAUCACUGAAUUGUUAACACCUGAAAAAAAAUGGAAAAAAGCAAUCAUUUUGUAUUUUAAUUUUCAAAAAGCUUGCGUGACCAUCAGUGAUUCAAGUAGCUCGCGGUUGAAAAGUUAAUUAAUGCUCAUGAAGAAAUAUCAUGCAUAGGAAAUCAAAAUUAUUGGAAAAGAUGCUUGGUCACUAAUUAUUAAUGAUACGUUUGAAACAGUGUAGGCAGAGUUGUUUCAAAAGAACGCUAUCCUUGAAGUUUCAGAGUAUUUAAACACACAAACCAUCUUUUUUGCAUUUCUAAAAUGAGGUAAUUUAGUCAAAAGACAAAACUGGUUGCUUGAUGUGGUCCUCAAGCUAUUCAAAAUUGCAAAAGCAAACAAUCAUUUUUUUCGAGGUCCUACUAGGCUAGUGAUUUUGGUAGUACACAAUGUAUUAGGGCUAGAAUUUGAGUUACUGGACCUUUUAUAAUCAUUUGAUCACGCUUGGUUUCCACUUGUACAGAUUAACCCUUUGAGAGUGAAUCAGUUAAUUUUUUACCUGUAAAAAGUUUCGCUUGAAUCUACUGUAUGAAAGUUAUGAAUAUGAAUGCAUUUUUGUUUGAUAUAAUUGACAUUAUGAUGAACUCAGUAUAGAUCCAGCUCUUUGAAAGGAACAUCUAUUUCUUCCUUCAGGCAAAGAAUAAGGUGUCUUUAAGGAAUUUAUCAAUGGUCUUGCGGCAAAUCGGGAAAGGUAAUAAAUUAUCGUAAUUUCCAGAUGUAAAUUAUUUUGAAACCCAUACUGCAUAAUGACUAAGAUUUUAUUGAAUUUUUGUAGUUUGAUCCUUUAACUUCUUCCAGAUAAGUUUGCAUGUGUUUAUUCAUUUUUCAGAUCAAAGUGAAAAAGUUGAGAAUAUUAAAGUAAGCGUUGAAAAAGCAAAGGAAGCUGUACAGUGUGAUGUUAAAGAUGGAAUGUCUUGGUGUAGGUCACUUUAAUUUUUUUACAUCUAUGUGUUGAGUGUUGAUAUCAGAAUGCUUUUUUAAUAAUGUUAUCAACCUGUGAUAAAUCUAGCAAAACAUUCUUGCCCUCCUCCCCCCUUUUUUGUCCAAAACUAGGCCCCAAAAAACUGCAAAACCAUUCAUUCAUAUCCUGGGACUGCUGAGGAACUCAUUUCUAUUGGCAGAUGUUUUGACGAAACUAUCUUUGAAAUAUUUUGACAGCCUUUGGCAUACUAGGCAGGUAACAUUUUUAAUCUGCAUAUUAAGAAAAUAUUCUUUACCCCGUCAAUCUUGAUUGUAUUAAAGGGGCUGACUGUCAUGGAUGUCUAGUUCAUUGUGUUUAUAGUGCCAGCUACGCUUCUUUUGUCAUUAUAAAACUUGACAAAUUAGCUGAGAAUAACAAAAUUACAGCUUUUUGUCAAAAAAUUCUCUUCCUAGAAUUAUAUCUAUCAAUUUACAAAUAACAAAAGAGAACUCUGAAAAACUGUUAGGCUAAUACAAGUUUUCAAAAUCCCAACUACAGUCCAUUUCAACCAUCUUCAAGUUUUCAGGGAUGUCACUAAGAUUUCAAGUUGCCGGGUAAACACAAAAAGUAGACGGGGAAUAAAACAACCAGGGAUAUUUUUUGGUUCUAUUUUUCUUCUAUUUUCCUAUGAAGUUAAAGUAGCUGCAGCUGUAGCCGGGGAAAAUCACCGACCCCCGCCUCUUAAUGACAGCCCUAAGUUUGUCCAUCCAUACUUCCUUUUGUAUUAAUGCUUUCUCUCUAUGUCUAAGUUUUUGAGCUGUUAUUUCAAUGUUUCACUCAAUUUGGUGGCUGUUACGUCUGUUACCUCUACAGCUUCUUUAAGUCCAGUUGGACUCAUAAGUACAGCAUUACAAAAUGAAGUUCAUUUGACCUCUUCCAAUUUUUAGGACUCUAAUCUUCGAAGUUUUAAAACAAUCUAUCAUAAACAUUUUGCCUUUUCUAUCUUAUUAUUACCUUAGAUGUGCUUGGCAAUGCAUACUUGUCAUUCUUCUUUUGUGGAUCACAGUCCCCCCAACUCAUCAAACAGUGUAUGACGGCCUAUUCACAAGCUGUAAGUAUACUAUCAUUGAGAAGAAUUUAGAAUAACUGACAUAAAGUGCAGUUUUUGUGUAAUUGGGCUCACUGGCCAUGUUAAUAAGGGGUGCCUGGAGGAAGGUCCAAGGUGACUUCUGAUCAUGCUAUACUAUGAGAUUUUCCUUCUAACUUGCCUUGUACAUGCUUUUAUAAAAUAACUAAGAUAGUACGCGCGUCCUGAUUGGUUAAAAACCUAUGGUUUAUUGUGCCGGUAAACUCAUAGAAAACUGAAACAUACUUUAAAGUUAUUUUAUAAAAGCAGUAGACCACACUUUCUAUCGGUUUACCAGCAUGAUAACCCACUUGAGAUGUUGGGAGAACACUCGAAAUGCUUGUAAAUCACUUGCCUUCGGCUCAUGAUUUACAAGCUUUUCUCGUGUUCUCCCAACAUUCCGCAUGGGUUUAUCACGCCGGUAAACCCAGAGAAAGUGUGGUCUAUUGCUUAAGUAAAUCAAAGGGAGAAAUUGACAUGAUUAAAGAUCAAUCAAUAACAAUAAUAAUAAUUUAUUACAUGAUAAGUGAAGAAUGAUGGUCAUGUGGUAAUAUUACAAUAAAAUUCAAUUAAAGCUAUUACACGUAUAAUGUACAAUGUAUUUUCUUUGAAUUGGAGUCUUUUGAUGAGUUUGGUUUCAUUUUUGUGAAAGUUCAAGGAUCCUGUGGCAAGAAAUAACCCAGAUCUUCACUUCAACAGAGCAAUGGUAAGAUUCCCCAUUUACUGGUGGAUGGUUAAAUUGGUUAAAUCAUUGAAUUAUUCAGAUAUUUACAUCUAAUAAUUAGAUUUAUGUCUAAUACUUAAAUUAAAUUUCCUGCUCAAUGUCCAGCAACUAUUUUUUUAAGAAUCUUUUAUACUGUAAUGUUGAUGAAUGAUGUACUCCUGAAUCAGUUUCACUAUGAAACUACAAUCAGUGCCAAAAUUAGUUGAGACACUACCUUAAAGGGCCUAUGAGGUUUUGCUGACUUCAACCAGCAUGCAAAGAAAGUAGUGUCUGAUAGCUGGGGUCUAGUGGAUUUUGCUAUCAGGCUAGUGAAUUCUGUUGUUAACUUGCACGACAGGGAAGUGAAGUUUUUAGUGGGAUUCAAGAAAAAAGAACUGCGAAAUCAAUUCUGCUCAUCAAAACGUUUUUGGGGCUAGUUGAAAUGAUGUUUGGGCUAGUAAAUGCUAGCCUCAGCUUGCCCAAAUGGCAAGCUGUAAAAAUGACUUUCUUUGCACCAUGCAUCAACAGAAAAUGAAGCUUUUCUUCUCAUGUCCCCUCUGCGCAAUGUUGUGCCGCAGGACGUGCUAACUGCAAUAAACAGACCCCCUAACUUUGAAUAGAGGGGAGGAGAGAUGGGUGCCGAUUGUUUUGUUAUCAGAAUUACCGCUAUUUGAGUAUGGUGUCUCCAAAAUAUUUUCGCUGCUUUUAGGUAACUUUGCUAGCUAAAGCAGUUAAGAAUUAAAGACUGACCAUCCACACUGCUGGAGUUUAUGUCCUCCAUAAUUUUCUACCAGUUGGCCAUUGCAUUUUAAUGGAAUAUUAUCAUCAAACAUUUAUCUGGAAAAUUAUUUCAAAAGUAAUUUUCUUUGCAUUUUUACAGUUUGCAGUGUGGAGAAUAUGAAAGUAAUUAAAUGCAAGGGUCCAUUUUGCAGACUGGAACAAGCAUAGAUACCCUUUGUUAUUAAUUUAUAGGCGUACAAGUUUCAAGAGGAAUACAAGUUAGCAGUUUGUGACUUCAAGCAAGCUGAAGCACUUGACCCAGCCUGGACUGAACCUAAUGAUGAAAAGAGCAAACUUCUUAACAUUCUCACAAAGACACUUGACUUGUUGGAGGGAAAGGUGAUAUGAUAUGAUCACUCAGUAGAACAAUGGAACUGUUUGUGUUUAUUGUAGAAAUUAUUUGGCAUGCCCGAUUUAAAUGUUCUGUGUUAAAACCUGAUCACUACCAUUCAUCAGCUAAUCACCUGAGAAAAGAGCCAAAAUUUUGUGAAGUUUCAUGAUACUACAAAGAUCUCAAUAGUUUCUGUGUCAUCAAGAGUAUGGAAUUUCUGUGUGCAUUUCUCAGACUUCAUUUUGUUGAGGAACCAGCAGUGGUCAUGAAAUGUUGGCAGUUUUUUCAGGCUAUUCAUCAGCAAGUUAAUUUAAUUAUUUUGUUCUACAUUGUCUCUUAUGCUCAGUUGUUUAAAAUUAUGGGUCCUAAAAUACAGCCAGAACUAUGGAUCAACACCUUGUGAUCAGUCAAAUGACUAAUGGCCAGUUUUAGAGAGUUCAUUGUAAAAACUGUGCACAUUAUCCCUCUCUCAGCUCUUUGAUGUGGGGAAUUAGUUGUUUCCCUUUGAUGUCCUUAAUUAGCCUGGAUUAUUGAAACCAUCUUAAGUUAAGAUACUGUAAAUCUCAUGUACCAGUAUUGAGAUAGAAACAGUCAUCUAUCAAGAAUAAAAGUUGGAUAAUUACAGUCAACUAUUUGGGAAUGUCUUUUUUUUAAAUCAGGAAUGUCUUGCAUUUAUGAGUCAAAAUUCCACUUCAUUCCUGAAUAGUGAGUGGAAUGUGCUGAGUAUUAAUUUUUGACUUAGGAGCCAAUAGGAGGUCAUCAUAAGUCUUGCCCUUCAUUUUAAAAAUGGUAGAGAGGUAUUCCUUUUGAUUAUUGUCUUUUGUUCUAAUUUAAGGGUAAAUUAAAAGCAAAGAGGCUCCAUUCCAUGGUGCAGUCCCUGAGCCCCUGUGAUUUAGGUCCAUAUGGUGGCGGUAACUACACCAGCCCAUCCGGUCAGACUGCUGUUCAGCUUGAUCUUGUUCCUGUUUCCAAACUGGUUCCUGGUGUAAACCCUAACAAAGUGAUAGUGGGAAAAGUUGUUGGUUUUGUGCCAGUGGAAGAUCCUGUGCCAUAGUAAGAUUUUCAGAAUAGUUUAUAAUUUAUUGUGAACCCAGGAGUUUAUACUUUAUAAGUAGGUGGAAUAUGGUUGUCCAGGUGAGUGUAGUCCUGAAUAGGACUGUUGUUGUCAGUGACUUACAGUUAGACAACCUGUGUGAUAGUCAUCUUCAGAGUCAAAGUGAGUUGUAUCACGUCAGUUGAUGGUACAUUAUUGGUCGUCUGUCACUUAAGCAGUGAUGUUGUUGGCUGUAAAGACUAGAAAUAUGAUUGGUACAUUUCAGUCUCUCUUUUGUUGCAAUUUGAUGGUUGGUUAUUGCUAGAUCAAAUUGUUGGUUGCCUUGUUGUUCCAUCAUUGUCAGUUUUGCUUGAUUUUUUCAAUAGUAGUUUGUACGGUGCUGGUAACUGUUGACUGCAAUUCUGUUAUCUGAGCCUUGGUCACAUGUUUUUGUCAUUAGAUAUGGCUCGUCUAAAGCAAUUUUCUAAUACAUAUAUGUACAUCUAUAUGUACUCAAUCAAAUAUAUCUAUAUGUAUACAUCCAUUUUUUUCUUAUUUUUAUUUAUUUAAUUUUAUUUUUUCACCAUCUUAUAUUUUUUAAUCUUGUUUUUAGUCUUUACAGAGUUUUCUUUUGAGGACCUAACUGUAAAACACUUCUUGUGACAUUGGCGUUCCUCAUUGUUAAGAUUGCUUUACUAAAAUGUAGUUAAAUAAUCAUACAACAAAUAACAGUUGUCUGUCUGACUAAAAUAGAUGUCAUGCAUUUCAGCAUCUUUGCCAUGGUGGACAGUGAGAAUCAUUGUGUACCAGUCACUAUUUAUAACAUGGCCUUAGGGAGUGGUUUUGCUGUUGGAGACUCUGUGGCAAUUCCUGAACCCUUCUGUCAGGAGACUGAUUUCACUGAAAAUGAACAGGUAUUUGCCAGUUAAAUUUGUAUAAUAAAAUAUUGUAAUACUUCAAGUUUCUAUGAUCUAAGAUCUGAUCUAGCAGGCUGUCUUCAUCGUAAAAUUAAUGUACAUGCUGUAGGCAUUACACUUGGUUAAGAAUAUUUACAUGUAUUCAUUACAAGCUCUCUUGGCUUUGAAUUAACAUUUUUUUUUGUGGUGAGCAAGGUAUUAUCAUGUAAAUUUUCAUAUAAAUCUGCACAAGUAUCUUAACUUUUAUGUACCGCAAUUAAAAUUCAGGCAGCAAAAACAAAUGGUUCGGUUUUGCUGUGCUCUCCGGGUGCAGUUGAUCAAGAGGGAUUUGCUUGCAGGCAGUACCACUCUAGUCUUGGUCAUUUACAAUAUAGUGGGCUGGUUUGCUAACAAUGCACUUUUGUCAACGUAGUGAGUUAUAUCAUCUUUUCUCUUGCAGACAUUCAAGUUUAUGUCCAUUCGUGUUGACAAUCCAGUUGUUUUGGUUGUAAACAAGAAAAAACUUGGUGCGAACAGACUUGCUCCAUCAACUCUUUUGGUUACUACAAAGAGUGAGUGAAGUCCAGGUGUAGUUGUGGGUGGAAACACACCAGACAUCAGACAGGCUCACUGAUUUGCCGUUUUUUUAAGACUGUUGGAUAAGCUUAUCGAUUGGUGUGACACUAAAAUGGGAAAGACGUUUAUUUAUGGAAGGAAGGAUUUGGCACCAUUGGGUAGUUUGAAGCUUUCUGCACCUUCUGCACAAGUGGCCAUGAGUUUGAUUCCCAGGUGUAACCUCAAAACCUUGUAUUUGAUUUGUUCCUUUUCAUGGAGCCUUAAGUAGCUUUAAAUACCCUUACAACAGAGCACUGAUGGAGAGAGGAUGUGGAGGGGAUGUGUACUCAGGCAACCCCAGGUUUGUUAGUCAGAUAAUCACCAUUUCAGGCUUAUCCUGUGGUAGAAUAAGGGCCCUUUACCUUUUACCUAUACCUUCAUGGAAGUUCAAAGUAUCAUGAUUAUAAUAUUAUUGCUGGUGUGUGGGAGUGACUACGACUCAGUGACCGCUGAUCAAGGAAAAGACAUUGAUCCCUGUGGUGUCUGCUCAUGAAUAGCGUUUGUGUGGAGUUGACCUUUGAAAAGAAGUAAUGUCUUCAGCUGGCAGGUUUAAAUCCAGUGUGUUUUUGUGGCUGGGACCAAGAGCAUCGACAUCUGAUGACCGGUUAAAAAUGUGGCAUUAUUGUGUACCUCUGGUAUCAUUUUACUGGAUAUCUGCUAUCUGGAAGAGGUUACAAAAGUAGAGUGUUUGAGAGUGGCUGGAUCAAUGACUGAGUGUUUGCUUUGAAAUACUCUCUGCUUCUGAAGAUUCACUGUGUGUCUGCUGUAUUUGAUAAGGGAGAUGUCUGGUUGUGGGAGGUUAUGCACUGUUUGAAUAUGGCAGGGAUCAUGACUGUCUGUUAAUGAGUGGUUAGAAUUGGAGCAUUUGUGUGUGUGGCUAGGACUGUAACUAAUUUAUUGUCUGCCUAGAACAGCUUUCGACUUAUAAAGGCGGCAUUUCCUGACCUUCCAAGGACAUAACCCAGGAUAUUAUUCCAUACAGAUGAAAUGACAGUUUCAUAUGACUUUUUACCAUAGGUUUUUGAAACAAAUGUAUGAGUUACAUGUAUUUGUCUGAUUUCUUGGCCUCUCAUUGCCAGGAGGGUAAGGGAGUGGUCAGUGAUAGGCAAACCCUCAAGGGCAUUCAAGAAUGAAAGCCACGGGUAAAUGAAUAACUGCUAGCAAACAGGAGGUAAAAAUAAAUAACCUUAGAACUUGAUAAAAAUAAGUUCUGGACAUGACAUUUAAAGUCAAGUCAGCACAAGGUAAGAAAGGUUAUUUAUGGCUGGGUAUUAAACGGAAGGGUCCAAAGGCGUUAUGUAUAUUUGUAGGUGUGAUCAAUCUGGCUGACAGUCGCUUAAAGUGUUUUAUACAAGGUGAGAGAAUCGCUAGCGACUUACGAAGAAAGAAGUGUCUUAUAAAUUUAUUCAUGAAGGUGCUGCCGCGCUACUUCCAUCACCGGCUAUUUUUGCUUUGUGACUUUGAGUUAAUACAUGUGUAGUGCGCGUGUAAAAACUUGAAGCUACUGUGCUUCACAUUUGUCGCGCAGAACGAAAUUCCGUAUCCCUUGUUUCUUUUAAUUUUUAUUUAUCAUACUUUCCACGUUUUCGCUCGGAACAUUGUUUUCAUUGUAUAAUAAAUUGAUAUUCUUCUUGGACACAAAUUAGCAUCUGUAACAUCUGGAACCGAAAUGUAGCGCUGCCGUGGAAACAGUUUUUAAACUGUGUAUUGAAAAACCUUGAAAAUGUUGAUGUAUAAUUACGAAAUUAAAUCUGGCACUUUUUUUACUCGUUGGUGUUGUUCAAUAAGUAUUGCAUCGAUUGUCUUCAUUCACAGCCUGUUCACAGCGUUAUACACAUGUUCCGCGCUUUCUGAGAAUUUUCAUGUGUUGUACGUGCUCGCGUGAUGUGUGCUUAAAAUAACAUAUGACAGACUUAAAAGUGAAAAUUACCGCCAAGGGAAAAAUCCCGGGAAAUUCCCGGCUGAAGUGAUUUUCGUGGAGGGGAUUCCCGGAAUUCGAUCUCCGAUAAGUGAUUGGCUGAGAAAACGAGGGGGCGCCUUACACCUAUCACGUGAUAUGCUGUGACGUGUAUCCGGUCAAGAGGAGCGAAUCAGAAACGACGAAUAAGCGCGGGUUUCCUAGAAAUAAGGGGUUUUCACCGAAAAAAACAAAUGCAAAGACCUAUCAGAGUUUGUUUAUGAGAUCCGUAAUAAAUUCUGCGAAUGGGACUGUCUGGGCGCAUAAGAGAAGAGGAAAGCAACAGUGCGAAGUAUUUUGUAGCGGUCAUCUUCAGCGAUUAAAGGUAAGGUUUGGCCAUUCUUUGCUCGAACAAUUCAACUAGCUUUACGCUGCUUUUUCCCAGAAUCAAUUUAGCGUGACAUUUCCUUACACAAGCUUGCGAAUGUUUCUUUUUUUUUAACGUUGAAUGAAAUUCGGGUUCAAUCGAGCGUGUAUGACUUUUGACGACGUUUUUGUAAAUUUGCUUACAGUGGCGUGAUUUUAACAGAAGUUUGAUUUCAGCUGUAGUGUUGUACAUUACACGUGCAAAGUACAACUUUGUGUUGUUCCAAACUCGUGUGUUAAAUUAAGCGCCCCACGUUAGACGGCGAGCAACUUCGAACUAAAACCUCGCUUGAAUGAUCGUGUGGUUUCUUGCAGGUUUGCAGACAUGUCCGACGGCUGUUUAUUCGACAUGCCAUUUACCCCGACGAGUCAAGUGGUAAGUGAAAUCAGUUAAUGUAAUUUACAACUUGUGUAAAGGUGUUUCUCGCGUGCCCGUGGUUCGUGGUAGAUUAAUUUCAGACAUUUUGAUACUUGGGAGCGAAGUUUGUUUACACUUGACAUGCAUUGUAAAUGCUUACGAUUUUUAUCACACACCAAAUAUUCAAUAAUCGCUAUGAAACUAUUCUGUCUCUCGAGUAUUCUAUUCUGUUCAGUUUGUUGCAAAUUUUCUUUUAACUGUUUAGGUUUUGCUCCCGUUCGAAACGACUGCUUUAUUUUAUAGCAGCUGUCGUGGUAAUACUAUACUCACAUAAAUGGACUACACCGUAUCCACCCACACUGCAACGGAUAUCGUGAUUAUUUAGGACAGUUAUUUUAUUAGAUCUGCUUUUUUACUUGUAUUGAUAGUAAACUGUCUGUAGUUUUCCUGGUUCUUGAUGAUCAAAACAAUAAAAGCCUUAUCAAGAUCUUACCGAGGAAUUCAACAUUGCUUUACAAAAUUUAAUUUUAGAUUCUUAGAAGGAUUAUUAAUUAUCUUCCAAAUAACCUUUCCAAACAUUAUUUCAGAAGUUCUGAUCAGGCAUAUAUAACCUUUGCGUCCAGGUUAAGUCCUUGAUCUUAAAUUUUAUCAAAGGACUUUGCUUUAAAAUUCAAUAGAUUUGACAUGCAGAAGCAUGUACAUGCUGCAGUGGUAAUAUUGCUAGUAGUAUUUAGUCUUGGAUAGUGCUGAAAACAAAAAGCCUUGUUUUCUUUGCCAAGCUUGACGUCACAAAACAAGCCCGACUGUUCUAAGAUGGGGUCACGUAUGCCGUAUUAGUCAUUCAUUUCAGUGACAAUAUCUGUUCUGAAGCAAACAAACGGUUGCUCAAAAUGGAAGAAAAAGGCAUGAAAUGAUUGUGCUUUAUGGAAAUGAUAAAUAAGUCAUUUUUUUGUAUAUGUUAUUAUCAAGAAAGUGGAGCUGUCACAUGGGUCCACUGGAUUAACAUAACUGAGUGAAUAAAGCUUCACUUGCUUAAAUUCAAAAUUCUGUUGUCCUGCAAACUUAAAGAAAACUAUCAAGCAGGACUGUCCAGCAACACCACAAACAAACUAAAAUUUACAUGGUUGCAAAGAAAGGUGUUUUGUGCCAUAGACGAACAAUACUAUUAACACUCAAAACAAAAUUACCAUAUUUCCUUGAAACUGAUCGCUCUGAACUUAUGUGGAAUUUUAUCCCUUUGCGUAAUUUUGAUAUCAAUUUGCUGAAUUGAUUCUUGGAAAACAUUUUUUGUCUUCUAUUGGUAAAAUAGGGAAAAAAUGUGCUACUUUUUUUCCAUAUGGAUCCACAGAACUGAUGGGAUGGUUCAAAAGACAGCUCUCAUCUGAGUCACUUCAAUAAUCAUCACUUUAGUUCUUUAUUCUCUCGCUUACAAAGUUCAUCAGACCUUUUCAUAUCAUUGGCAAAGGUCAUAAAAAUUAAGAAACAAUAAACAAAUUUGACAAAAUGCAUUUAAAUUCUCCGUAUUAACGUCAUAAGAAAUGUAUAGUGCAAAAUAGAGUAGAGGAUAUGUAUGUUUAAGAUAGCGCUGAUCUAAGGUUAUUAAAAAGUCAACAAAGUGUUAUCAGCAGUAAGUUGAAGUCCAAAGUGGCAAAAGUUUUGUUAUGAUCUUCAUACUAGUAAAUGACUGAUGGACAAAUAGGUGCUGCAAUAGUAGCGAAGCUAGGUAUUAUUUUAAUCGCUCUUUUUCUUGGAAAUUUUCAAUUGUUCUCAAAAUAUGCAAUGAUCAGUCAUUCACGCAUAAAUACCCUUCUACUGUAAGAAAAACAUGCCCAUAUUUGGUAUCAAACAUACCCACAUUGUAUUACCGGUAGAAUGAUAUUUGAGGUAGCCCACUCUGGAAACGUUUUGUAAUGAUUUGAACAAACUUCGUUGCAAUGUUUGUCAACAAAAUUAAAUUUUUUUCUGCCCUGACAGGAAACAAAUUAUUUGUUUCCUAUCAGAAAUGUUGUUCACUUAUCAAGAGAGCAACUUCAACAUCAAAAUGAAAAACGUUGCAAUCUUACAGGCUAUUAAUGGCAUAUGUUAUGUUAUUGCUAGAGGUGUAACUAUUGAAUGAACCCCGGUACAAUAUUUUCAUGGUUAGGUUAAUCUUUUUACCAACUGUCCAUCCCGAUUUUCAUCGGGAUUCUCCCAAUUUUGCUUGAAAAUCCUGAAUCCCGACCAAUAUGUUAUCAGGGUAGGAAAAAAAUCCCUAUUUUGACAUUUCCAAAUGAACUCUUACGAUACUUAUACAAGAACACAUAACAGAUUAUACUUAACAGAAACUGAUGUCCAGAAAACUUUAAAAAUUGCACAAAAUAAUAUAAAAUAAAAUCAAGUACUUGUACUCAAAACCAGGCAAAUAAAAAUAAGCUUAAAAUGACAAUUGAUUUAGUGAACAUUUUAGACAAAAAUUGUCCUCUCAGAACACCAGAAAUGGCAUUUCAGAGGAUCAAGAGUUCAAAAUUUUCUGGGGGAGAAUGCCCCAGACCAUCCUAGCGGCUCGUCCCUUCAGCACUGGCCUUAUCAAAAAAAUAUCCUGGUUAUUCCUAUUACUUUGGAAUAACUUUUGCAUACUACUAAGUAUUUCUAAAGAUUUUACACAAAGAAUUGUGAAUUUCUUUCCUCAUUAUUUUAACCUCUUAAACAUUAUUCAACUUAUGUUACCAGGGUUAGAACCCCAGCAAAAAGCUAAUCCCAGGUUGAAUAACAGUUAAAUAUAAGAACAGAUGUUACUACAACAAAGCCACCAUCAUUAAAUUUGCCAAAAGGAAAUUAAAGAAAGUGGUGUAUUCCUAGCAUUAGCAGUACUUGGACUGUUUAGUAAUAUACUUCUGUAUAGUACCAUUGUUAUGAUGUGUUUUGCAUAUGAAAUUUUAAAUUAUUCUACUUUGGAAAGGGCAGGAUUAAUGUUAUGAUUUCAAUAUUUUCUUUCAUUUCUGCAGCCUCCCAAUCAAUUGUCUUUGCCAAUGUUGAAAUCAUGGCUGUCAUCCUACAGUUAUCCCUCUACCACUGCUGGUCCCCUUGUAGCAACCACAAUCACCAUAGAAGCCAUUCAAGAUCUCUUGCAUGCAAAUGGAUACCCCAUAGAAGGUAUUUGGCUCAUUUAUUUUUUUUAGAAAGUGUAUAUAAAACAUAAAUGGAUUGUUAUUAGGGACAUUGUAAUUUUUUAAGUCCCUUCAGUAUAUCUUUGACAUUCAUUGGGGGGAACAUGUGGCUUUAAUAGGAACAGCUUGAAAAAGUACCCCUAAGGUGCUGGCUGUGCAUGCUUAUAACAGGAAACACUUUUGUAAGCAGAGAGGUAAGGCUUAGGAUUUUGUCAAUGCAGCCUUAAGUAGUCAAGUUGUCCACUUGCGAAAGUAUUGUGUCCUUUAAGAAGGCUUAAUGCAACUGCGUUAUUAAUAUCACUAUAUUAAGUAUUAAUUUUUAUUACAGCUGUUUAUUAGAAGAAUGUUCUGUGUUACUGUAGCUUUAGCAUCCAUUGCAAUCUUUUUUCUAAAUUUUCUCUCAACAGCUCCAUGCAAUGUAGAUAUGUUUUCUGGGCCAUUUGACGACACACAGUUUGAUGCAGUUGUGGAUGUUGAAACUUGUGAUGAUGGAAUAGAUGCUGGUACCUAAUUAUUUUGUUUCUGUAGACAAUCAUUUUUUUUAUGUGUUAUGGCGACAAAACCCUUAUAAUUUUAUUUAAACUCAGUAAACUCAUUGCAAAGCCAGUUUAGAGAGAUUGACCCUCUAUGUUAAACUAGCAUUUUUUGUCUAUGUCAAUAUUUGUUUAACAAUGUGUAUUCUUUUUUAAAGACCUUAAAUUCACGGAUCUGGAUGCCUGUUCUGAAUAUGGUUACUGUGGGUCUGACCUCUCAGAAGAUGACCUCAGUUUAUUGCAAGGUAAAAUUUAAUAAAUUUUUAUCGCAGUCAUAACUACUAGGUAACAUUAUGACUUUAUUGGACAUUGGCGUAAAGAAAGCAUGUUGUUGAUUAUAAAAUAAUGUUGUCUUCCACAGACCUGCCACUGAGUCCAGACUCUCCAUUGCUUUCUGACUCUGCUGAUAUUGACUUUGGAUGUGACUCGGGAAUUGAGGCUGAAAUGGAUGAACCUCAUGGUAAGAUGCAUCUAUUCUUCCUUCUUUAUUUCAUUCACGCCGACAUUGACUUAAUUUCCAUUAUCAUCCUCCGAUGCCUUGAUACAUUCCUUAGAAAGGCAUAUGGCUGCAUCUUCCACCUUUUUCCUGCACUUUAAGGUAAACUGCACACUAAUCUGAGUGAUUACAAGACACAACAUGGAUGGAUUUCCAUGUCUAAUGCUUCCUCUUUGAAGAUUCUGUUUUAAGCCGAGUUGUAUAAUGAUAAAAAAAAAACUGAACAUUAUCCAUUCUGACUUAUAACUUAAUACACUACUACACCAGAAAACAUUUUUGAUUCCCUUCUUAUAAGGUUGAAGAUUCUAAUCCUGCAAAUGAGUGUGUUUUUCCUCAAAAACCUGUUUUAUUUCAAGUAACUAUUGUAAAUGCAUGAUUCUUUUCCUUAUAGUCUGUUAAUUGGUUAUUUUUAUUUUAAUCUAAGAUGGUGCAGAUAAUGAGAAAGAGAAGAAAGAGAAGAACAAGGCCACUGAUGAUGACAAGAAAUCUUCUGAAAAGUCAACCAAGGAGGGUACUACAAACAGCCAGCAACAAAAUGGUUCAAAACCACAAACAGGUAGUUGUUGUAAGAUUAUUUUUUUACUGUUAAUAUGAAGUGGUGGAUGGUUGACUUAGAAUUACUGUCAAAAUAUAUAAUGUAAUCUGCUCAUUAUAUAAUUAUAAGGGAGGGAUUUUUAUCAAUUUGAAAUGGGUUGCAUUAUUUUUCUGGAACAUUAAUCUUGGGCAUUUCCCAGAUCAAUUAAACAAAUCAUAUCGUUCUGUUUUUGUUACAAGGCAACCAGUUUAUUGACCGUCUUGUUUAUAGAGUUUUGAAAAAACAAGUUUGAACCUUCUUUGUUAGAAAACAAAGAACCUCACGACAAGACAAGAAGAACAAAAGAAGAUGAUGAUGAAGUUGAUGAUGACGUUGAUCAUGAUGGUGAAGAUGACAAAGAUGAUGAGGACAAUGAUGAUGGUGAGAAUAUUUUACCAAUGAUACAUGUAACUUAUUCCUAGAUCAUCCAGUAUCACAUGAGUACUUGUGCAAGAUUCUUUUUUUAUUUGGGUUCUUCCAAUAACAUUAUCUUUAAAAGCAAAUGUAGCACAAAAUGCUCACCUGUAGUCCAUGAUGUAAAGUAAAUAAAUCAGAAUCAUCAAUCCUUACAAAGAAAUGCAAAGACAGCAUUUCCUAGCUAAGCCACCAACUAAAGUACAUAUUUUUGCUACAACAAUGCAGAAAACUUUACAAUGCUCUUUUGGAGUUUUCUUUGCUGUUCCUGUACACUAAAGUUGCAACAUUUGGAUUAACAAUAAGUGCCAUCCUAUACAUUAAGUUCGCUGCGCUUUCUUAAACGUCAGUGGUACAAAUAUUAAAAAUUAACAGACUCAGUCUUGAUAAAAAUCAAGGCUAUAUGGCCUGUAAUAAGUGUUAACACUUAAAAUGUUUUUCAAGUGGAAUUUGCUAUUCAUGUAAUCAUAUUGUUGAUUAAUAAAUAUAUAUUUUUCCUUUAGAUCUUCCUCAUGUCAAGUGUCAGUACUUAUGGGAGUUUCUUCACCAUAUUUUGCUGCAAAAACAAAACAAGUACCUAGUGUGGAAAAAUCAGGCUAAAGGAGUGUUUCGCCUCAUUGACCACAAUGGUUUGGCACGCCUAUGGGGAAAGCAGAAAAACAGAAAAAACAUGACAUACGAGAAAUUAAGCCGCGCACUCAGAUACUACUACAGCAAGAACAUCCUCCGUAAAGUUCCCGGCCAGAGACUGACAUACAAGUUUGUUCACAAUCUUAAUGGAAAGAAGUAUCCAUUGUAAGCACAGGACCUAACACUUAAUUUUGAAUCAGUUGUAUUAGAGUCAGAUGAAUUAAUCUGACGAAAAGACAGUGAAGACUUUCCUUUGAGGUUGACGGAAUUGUCAGUGUUGGAGAUUUAAAGGACAAUGAUUCACAGCAUCUGGCUCUUAACAAGGACUGCACCCUGGUUGACAAUGAAAUACAUGUUUGUUUCCGCAAUUGCGUAGAUAGCUGUGUGUGAAGGCUGCCCUGAGCCCCACCUUCCAAGGGAGUGGUUAUUGUGAUGCUCUCUAUGUCACUUUGAGCACAAGAGACAUGGGGCUCAUUAUACUGCUCGUCACCUAUGGCACAACAUCCAUGCAGCUUCAUUCUGAUGGACCAGCGUCCCAUCAAGGGUGGAGAAAUAACACUCCUUGUACAUUCAGAAAGUCCUGUGAUGGACUAGUGUCUUACAUUACCAGCGGGAGUGUUUCCUCUCAUACCCCCUAGUGGUAAUUAACUUGUAAGUUAUAACUUAGUUGUGGAGUAACAUCCCAUCCAAAAAGAGCAGAAAAAAUCCUCUAGACAUGUUUCCAUAUACCAGGUCACCCCAUGGUGGACUAAGGAAUUCUGUUGGUCGCUUCAUAGUAAACAAACCUGGUUACCCUGUGAUCAGCUACAUCCAUGAUGGACCUAACAUCCCAUCUAGAGAAAAAGUGAAGAGCUAUACAUUUAAGAGCCUGCAGUAUGCCUGGGUCACUUAGUGUCCAGUGCCAAAACUGACCUAUAAACAUUAUUUUGUAUUUCAAAGUAUCAAUUUCCAGGAGAUUGCAGAUAAGUAACAUCUAAUGUUGCAUCUUGCAUUUGCUGAGAAUUUUGUCAAGCAGGUGAAAUAUGAUCAUUGAAAUAAUAUUGUCAUUGGCUGCCAACAUCAGUCCAAUUCAGGACUACUGACAAUCUUGAUGGAAAAUCACAUUUCACAUAUUAGUCAUGGCUCCUGGGUCUGAACCCUUUACAAAUAUGUUAAUCAUAUGCAUGACUGUAAGUUUACAAGGCAUUGGGGCAUUAAUCUAUCUGAACUGAAGUGGGUCUUGAUCAACUGGUUUGUUUUAAUUAUAAUAACAUUUUUACUACGUAAAGUGAAAAAGAAAUCAAUUUGCAAAAUGAAAGGUCAUUCCAGUGUAAAUACAUCUCUAUUAUUUGUUGGUGGAAAAUUUAUUUCUACCUUUAGUUACCUGUAUGCCCCUUAAAUAUCCUGACUAUGCGUUUGUAAAUAACUAAGAAUAAUAAUAAGGAAAGAUGUGCCAUUAGAUGGUUAUUAUACAUACACUGUAAAGUUUGUUUACAUUCAUUUGGUUAAUAAAGGUUCAAAUAAUUGACCCUAGCUUGGUUGAUUAAAGAGCCGUAAUAUAGUUAACUAGUCUAAAACUACUAUGCAGUAAAACUACAAAGCUGUAAUCAGCCCCUGCUACCAGUGGUGAGCCUGUUAUCAGGUCCUUUCUGAAACCUCCAGGAUUGCAUUGGAAAAUUCUUUUAUGGGCUCCCUCAAAAAAAGUUGCAGGUAUGAGGAGCACCAGAGGAUAUUCUGAAUUCCACUGGGCUAUAAGGCCAGCAGAUUGGAAUGAUAAUUUGUGCCCCUACCUUCCGCCAGGGGGCUUUCCUCUAGGAACCCGUCUCUUAUACAAGACUAAACCUAAGGAAAAAGCCCUGGGAUUUACUAUCCUAGACUAACUAUGGAACAGAAAACCCAGGUCAUGAUCAUUUGUAAUAGGCUCCUGAUUUCCCAUAAAUGAUACCCUAUUUAAUUUAUAGUUUAAUGAGCUCUUGGUUAGCAGAUUUCAGAGUGUUACAGUAUUUGAACUUAGGGUAGGGGGAGGUAGUGUACUCCCAACCUCAUUCCCAGGGCUUUUUCCUAUAAAAUGUGAGGGGUGGGAAAAGCCCAGGGGAUGAGGUAGGGGUACUCCAGAGUUGGCCCCCCAUCUUAAGGUUCCAAUGGGAGCCGAUUGGUCAACAGGCCAUUUCAGAGUUCCCCUGGGCCUCUGUAUCAAAACGAGCUUAUGCAAAUAAAACUUAUUUUCACAAGAAAGAUUGUACACUUGGCCUCAUUUUGAAAGUGAGAGUUUUUGGAACUUGGAAGUGGCCUAUUGCUUACAUGACGUCUGGUUAUCCUGUGGUUAGUCUGGUUAGAUUGUAGUUUCACGGUUAAUCGGUAAUCCGUGCAUCCUAUACGCUAGUCUACAGAAACUUGUUCUUACACUGUAAAUGGUUUAAAAAAUACAUGUAUAAUGCUUAACUGAAUUGGGCUUCUUGUGGUAAGCACACUUUUUCCAAAGGAUAGGCCACUUGCACUAAGAGGUCACGUGAACAAUGCUUCCUUUAAACAAUGAGUGGGAAUCUUGCUGAUGCCAAAAAUUGACAGAGCACAUAAAAAUUAUCUUAGACCCGAAAUUUGAGAGCAAACUCAUUUAAGGGAGAUAUUUUAUGGCACUUCGAUUUUUCAACAAAGUAGUAUGAUUUUAUAAUCUCGUCGCGCGCCAAGCUCGCGCGCAUCACAUGAGCCGCGCGUGGUCUUAGCCAGAUGCAAAAUUGGAUGCCCCAUCUUUCUUUCUUUCAAUAUAUCUCUUAAGGCUGGUUUUCACUUGCGACGGAGUCUGAGUCGGAGUCGUAAUCAGAAGCGUAGAGCUUAUGAUCUAGUGAAAACAGCGUACCGAUUCCGUUUACGACUCCGUCGCUUACGUUCCGCUUAUGAUCUUGUCAAAACCAGAUUGUCGUGGUCGGAAGCGGAAGAACUAAGCCAAUCACAAAGUGUGACAACGUGUAUUGUGAUUGGUUUAUCCUUCCGCUUCUUCUUCCGACUCCGACAAUCUAGUCUUCACUAGAUCUACAGCUACAUUAAUUGACAACAUCUUUACAAACAAUUUAAGUAAAACGGAACAUUUAAAUGGCAUUUUAUUAAAUGAUAUAUCCGAUCAUUUUCCUAUAUUCACUAUAACAGAACAUGAAUUACAAAAAUGUCCCAAAACAUCUAUGGCAGAAGACUAUACAGCUAGGAUAAUUACCAAAAAAUCUCUAGAAGCUUUCUGUUGUAAGAUUAAAAAUUGCGAUUGGCACUCAACGCUAUCUAAGAAUGAUCGGACAGAGUCAUAUACAGCUUUCUUUAAAGAGUUCUUUGAACUAUAUGAUAAGUUUUUCCCAAUGAAAAAGUACAAAUCUAAAAGACCAAACAACCUGUGGAUAUCUAAAGGAUUAAAAAAAUCAUCAAAAACAAAAGAAAUUCUAUACAGAAAAGGUAUAAAGAAUCCGAGUCAUAAACAUGAACGAAAUUAUAAAAUAUACCGAAAUAAACUGAAUCACCUUAUAAGAAUAGCUAAAAAGAACUGUUAUAGCAAAAGACUGGAUCAAACUGGUAAUGAUAUAAAAUCAACAUGGAAUAUAAUCAAUGAAUUACAUGGUAGAGAGAAAUCUAAGACCCGUUUACCGGUAUCAUUUUUAAAUAAUAACAAUGAAGAAGUGUGUGACCCAAACUUAAUUGCAAAUGAUUUCAAUAAUUAUUUUGUUAAUAUUGGACCAAACCUCGCAAAAAAAUUUAAUCGAGACAGUGAUGGAUUUGUUGAAUUUCUAACGGGAAGUUAUAAUGACUCUAUGUUUUUAUAUGAUACAUCCUAUGAUGAGGUACACAAAGUAAUAGAUAAAAUGGCAACCAAGACAAGUUGUGGUAUUGAUGAGAUUAGCAGCAAAGUUAUUUAACGUGUGGCGCCAUAUAUAUGUGUUCCAUUAUCUUACAUUUUUAACUUAACAUUUACUACUGGCAAAAUCCCAGAUGAUUUGAAAGUUGCGCUUGUAACACCUGUUUAUAAAGCAUCUGAAGAAAAUAUUUAUUCUAACUAUAGACCUAUCUCGGUCCUUCCGUGUUUUUCUAAAAUACUUGAAAAGCUUAUGCAUGUAUAAAAGACUCAUUGACUAUAUACAUGAAAAUGGAAUAUUAACUGACUGUCAAUAUGGAUUUCGAAGUAACGGUUCAACAAAUUAUGCUAUAAUUGAACUUGUUGAUAAAAUAACAAAAGCCAUUGAAAACAAUGAAUUCACUGUUGGGAUAUUUCUUGACCUAUCAAAGGCGUUUGACACCGUAAAUCAUGAUAUUCUCUUAAGUAAACUUUAUUUCUAUGGUAUACGUGGGAGUUGCCAUGCAUGGAUAAAAGAUUACCUCUCUAAUAGAAAGCAAAUAGUGAAAUAUAAUCAAAUAAGAUCAUCUGAAAGAUUGAUUUCUUGUGGGGUUCCUCAGGGAUCUGUUAUUGGGCCCUUACUAUUUUUAAUUAUAUUAAUGACCUUAUUAACUCAACCUCUAAAUUGUCUACUAUCUUAUUUGCAGAUGACACAAACAUGUUCUGUUCAGGGAAAGAUAUGCAUGAACUUGAAACUACAGUAAAUUCGGAAUUAGCUCAAGUCCAAGAAUGGCUAACACUUAAUCAACUGACUCUCAAUAUAAAAAAAACAAAUUUCAUCAUUUUCAAAUCCCACAAAAAACGAUUAAGAAGAGAUUUGCGUCUCACAUUAAAUGGGACUGUAUUGCAGAGAGUAGAAGAUGGUAAAUUUUUAUGAAUUGUAAUUGAUCAACACUUAACAUGGAAGAACCAUAUUGACUAUAUAACUAAAAAGAUUUUAAGAAUUACAGGUCUGCUUUGUAGGAUUCGUUUUUACGUCAAUCAAACGCAUCUAAAAAUGUUGUAUAAUAGCCUAAUUUACCCAUAUCUCCAUUAUGGGAAUAUUGUUUGGGCAAAUAACUAUCCCACAAGGCUUGAUACAUUGUUCAAACUACAAAAAAAGUAUUGAGAAUUACAACCUUUUCGCCGUAUACAGCACCAUCUCUUCCGCUCUUUUUUAAGUUAAGUCUUCUAAACAUUUAUCAAAUAAAUGAUUUUUUAAUUGGCCCUCUCAGUUUCAGCCUUAAUAGUAAAGUACUUCCGUCUUAUUUCAAUGACUUCUGUAUAGGAAAUGCACAAGUCCAUGGCCAUAAUACUAGAGCAAAAGGGCAUCUACAUAAGAUUUUUAGCAGAACAAAUUAUGGAAAAUACUCUACUAAAAACAAAAUAAUUGAUAUCUGGAAUAGAAUACCUCUGAACAUAAAAUGCUCGGCAUCUAUAAAAAUAUUCAAAAGGAAAGUAAAACUUUUUCUCUUAUCCCAUGUGGUUGUAGUACAGUAAAUAAGUACUCAAAUAUAUUCAUAGUGAAAUAUUUUUAAUAAAUGUAUUAUAUGAUUAUUGUAAUUAUUGAUCUCUCUAUUAACUACCUAUUUCACCGACUCGAUUUCAGUAAUUCAAGUAGAUCUUUCAACCCUUUCUCCUAUCCCAUGCAGUGAUAGUACUGUCCGUUAAUUACCUAUUUCACUGAUACCAUUUUAAUGAAUUUCAAUAGAUCUUUUGUUACCUUCAGGGAGACUACUUGUAAAAGCCCGUAAGGGUUUCUUUAGUCUUCCUCCAAAUUUAUUACAUUGUAGCUCACCGUAUGUACUGUAUAAUAUUAUGGGAAAUAAUAAACUCAACUCAACUCAUAAGCGGAACGUAAGCGACGGAGUCGUAAGCGGAGUCGGAAGAAAUGAAACGUUCUGAUUCUUCUGACUCCGAUUCCGUCGCGCUUAUGACUCCCCUUACGACAUCCAAUUUUUGAUUUUCACUAACCGACUCCGAUUCCGUCGCCAGUGAAAACCAGCCUUUAGAAAAAUCGCAUUUUGGUCACGUGACCACCUAGGAACUUACUGAUUUUAAGAAAAUGGUGUAGGGUUUGAAAAACCGAAUCACUCUAAGCAGGAACCGGCUCCUGCUUUAAGAUAUGACUCACUAAUCGUUUUCGAAGGCAAAAUCAUGUGACUUUCAUUUUCAUAAAAACGAUGUCACAUGACCUCUUAGGGCAAGUGGCCCAAAUGGCCUACCGUAACAUUCCGAAAAUGAGCCCCUGGGCUUAUAUUCGGAGCGGCUUAUCUGUGGAGGAAAACUUGCGUUUCAAAAUCGAUUAGGCUAGCGUUAUGGUUGGAUGGAAAUUUACCGUUUUUUUGCUUUGUUUUACUUUGUAUUUGAGGGCUAUUUUCAAGUACAACCCCCUGGGAAGCUUAUAUUUGGAGGGGCGAUUUAACGGAUGGUUUUUUGCGUUCACGAGUUUGGGGGGCUUACAGAUGGAGGGGCUAAUUUUCGGAAUUUUACGGUAUUUAGCACAAAUUUUAGGACAAUACUUCACUGGCCCAGGGUUUUGUCGGCCAUUUUUUGUGAGGUGGACUGGGGUUGAUUUUGGCAAUUGGGACGUAACUUGGGACUUGGGACGAACACCGCGGCAAAACGUCUACGCAUGCGCCAGGUUGAGCAUUUCCGGUCUCUUUUUCAGUCACACUUUCCAGUCAAAGUCUCCCGCGCGCUUCAUUCUGUGUGCAGCUUGUGAUUCAGUUGUUCUGCUUUAUGCUGUUCGUGUUUUUGACUAUUUUGUAGUUAUUGAAAUUGCUUUUAUGGAUAACCAGGCACAGAUCACUAAAACAAUUAGUCGAUUAGAUUCAGAAAAGGUAAGAUGAUAAUAACUCAGUGUGUAAUUUUGGCUAGAGCGUCAGGUUAACUGAUUUUCAUUCACGAAAAUAAAGUUUUUGACUGUUAUUUUUCACUUAACCUGGCUGAAACUAAGACAUAAAAUUAAAACGUUAUCAUUGCAAGCUUGUGUAUUGUAGUUCUAAUUUUCAGUUCUUCAGUUUCUCAGUCUACAUGUGUUAAAGCCGAUUCAAACUUUAUUUGGAAAACGACAACCCACAAUCGCUUUGUAGUUUUGUUUACCAGUGGGUUUUACCGUGUUUUCUAACGAAACUCUUCUGGGUUAAUUGCCAUGAAACAUAAGCUUAAUUAUACUGUUGAGCCGGUUGGCAGCAAGUUGACAACUCUAUUUAUUUAUUUUUCCAUUCUCAGAAUCAGAGAGCGAAAGCUGGUUCAGUGGCUUUUAGAAGUCGAACUUUUCAUGCCAUGUAUUUAGCAGCUAGAAGUUUCGUGUUUGCAUGAGAUGCAGCCGAGCCGCACAGUCUGAAAUUAUUGAAGACUUCAACAAAAGAACAACCAUGUAAAAGAAUUAAAUAGGUAUUUUCUUGAAUGAAAGUCAUUUAUAGGCAUGUUUAGUUUCCAGGUGACUGCAGUCAUCAAAGUCAAAGUUGUUAUUAAAUCCCGCCUAUCUUUUGUUUUGAGUUCUUGUUUUCUCUGAUAAUAAAACAAAUUAUUGAACGGACUAAAAUUUUAUUUCCUGGUUUUAGUCUUUCUUAUGAUAAUGAUGACGUCUUUAUUUUGGUUUCUUUCAUAAGUAUUGUUAUUCUUUUCUUAGUUGUCGCCUUCUCCCAAAUUAACUAAUGCCAAACCAGUAGAAUGCGAGAAAGCCAGUAAAAACAAAUUCGUCUUGUCGAGCGCUCGCGACCUGCAAACUUCAAACAUCAUUUUCACCGUUGGUGCAAACAGAUAACCAUGUGGUGCAAAAGUUUGAGAAUAGAAAAAUAUAUAAGCUUUCGAAUGAAGUGAUUUUUUUGGCCCCCUUUUUUGUCUGUUUCGCCCUUUUUGCUUUUAAACUUGGCGCGACGGCAAAGUUAUGCUUACGCUAUUGGUUUAUAUACUAGACCGGAAAUAAAAAGCUGACCGGAUAUUAAAUUUUGUGCUCAUGCGCAUUGCGUUUUGCCGUGGUGUUCUUGGGACGUGACAAACGAACCCCAAAGGACGUCUGCGGGGAGGCUAAAGUGCUGAAUAAUUGAUCGGUUUCACGAAAAUUUAACUCCAAGCACUUGUUCUGUAAAACUCUAUUGCUCCGGUUCAUUUUUUGUUCAUUAUUCAGUAAUGCAAAACAACGUAAGCAAAGAGGACUUCAUUUGACAAGCUCAACUGGUGAAAUGUUCUUUUUCGCCCUCGGUGUUUUCACCUCAUCUUGGGCCAGAAAAAAAGAUGAGGACGACAUCCCAAACAACCAAAAUCUGUGGAUUUUUGGCUAUGGGUCAUUAAUAUGGAAGGCGAACUUUCCUUUUGUGCGGAAAGUGGUUGGAUUUAUAGAAGGAUACGAACGUCGGUUUUACCAAGGGAGUAGCGACCAUCGAGGGAUUCCCGAAAAGGUGAGCUUAUCAAAGAUUAAGCUUAUCUCGAACUCUCUCCAGAAAUAAUUGCAAUGAGAACUCCAACUUCCAAAUUAAGAAUAUUUAAGCUUACGUAUGUAGGUAAUACGUGUUUCUCGAACUAGAACCUCACGAAACUUUAAGAAAGGGCCUAGAGCGGGAAAUAAUGUAAAAAGAGCCAAGAAAAGAAGGGGGAUCGCAUUUCUCCAGUUUCUUAAUAUUUUCAAAGCCGGCAAAAAGAGUCCCGUACAAAUGCAUGACAAUAUAUCUUACCUUCUCGAUCAAACAUUUUCUGUCCGUGCAUUUAGACCACACGUUGAUCAUAAGACAUCUGUAAACUGUGAGAAAAGUUCUCAUUGUGAUUAAAGCGCCAAGGAUGAACUCAAGCUUACUGGUUUGUGCAUUGGAGUAGGGUACUCCUGCGAAUUCUUGGUGGGGGUGUGCCGGCCGGUUAUCCAAAUUCUGUCCCUGUUUGAGACCAAAAAUGUCAUAUGUCUACACCCAUUUUCACACCUGACCUCUAAGAAAUUAUUUUAUUAUUACAUUCUUUCCUAUUCAUUUGGAAUUGAAACAACAAAUACAUUCAUACAUUACCAGGGCUGUCAAAAAGUUUUUAAGUAGGAGGCUGAUAAUGAAUAGUAGGCGGCUUUGGAACUCGCACCAAAGGAAUAAGUUCUUGAGGGCCAAGGCAGCUAGGGACAUUUUGAAAUAUAGAGUCACAGAAAUGGCAUUUCCAGGGGUUUUCAAGAGGCAUUUUCCACCACGGACACCAUGUUGUUUCGUCAGAAUACACACAAGACUAGGAACAAUGCCAGCGAAAUGUCCCAGGCAUUCCAAGACAUCACACAGUUUACACGUUUCACAGAUCUAAACUUUGAAUAUGCAUUCAGUGUCAUUCAAAAGUGGGAAACGGUAUUUUAUUUGAUGGUGGAGAUGAAAGUAAUUUGCUAAGGAUGGCUAACUAGGCGGCAGUUUUGGCCGGCUACCAGCCCUUAUUGACAACCCUGCACUACCCUAGUUCCCUCCAAGACAAUUCCCGAUUCCAGACCAAAAUGGGCAAACUCUAUACCCAUUUUCAGACCAUAACGGCGCAAAAACCAUGCCCUUUGGCCAUGGGGCGGCACCUAUAUGGCUUAUAUUUAACAAUUCCUCGAGCCCAAAUGGGCUCUUGAGUCAAUAGUCCGUGAGGCCGAAGGCCGAAUGGGCUAUUGACUCAGGGGCCAUGAUGGCGAGAGAAAUAAUUGUUUCAGUAAAAUCCAACUAGCUGGUCAAAAAUAUCGAGACAAAACAACUUUAGCUGAUUAAAGCUAGACUUUAAUCCGUUCUUUUGCCCCCAAAAAGCCGGCACUUUCACUACUAGUGGGCUAUAACAUAUAGCCUAGUAGUAGCUCAACCAAUCAGAACGUAGCAUUGAUAAUAGACCACCAUCUGGGAUUCCAGCCCAUAUUGGUCAUCCCUCACCAUUUAAGAUUGGCAACAUUUAUGGCAAAAUUUUGAACUUCCCUUUUCUUGGCUUGAAUUAUGAAUAAACAAUUAAUAAAAUUCCUGAAAAUAAUUGUUUUGUCAACAUGGUUAUGCUUUUGGGUUCCCUGCUAGCAGAGGUCUCUCACGACGAGGCAAAAAACUGCUAGCCGCGAAGAUUUUGGGCCAAUAAUAAUUUUAAAAAAUAAUGCAUGCAGUGACCUUUGUUUUGCCCUCUUUUUUGAAAGCCAUUUUGUAUCUGUGGAAAAAAGUCUGCAGAAACCUGGUGAAAUGAAUGAAAUCACACAGUGAUCCUUAUAUUUAACUCAACUGACAGACCCAAUUUUUUUCUUACUUCUCAUCUUUGUACCAGUUCCUUUUUUUCAUUUAACGUUUAUCCAUUUGCAAUUUUCUUUUUCAGCCUGGAAGGGUAGUUACCCUCCUUGAAAAUCCCAAGGUGAGUUUCUCUGUUCAAUAAGUAAAAUGCAUCAGCUGAAAUUAAGUGGAAGUCAUUUGAGCGGAAAAACAAACAAACAAACAAAAUAUAAGGACAUAGAAAAAAUCAAGGGAGGGGACUAAACUAAGUGUUCCAGAUUUAGUGUUGUUUUGUCAGGACUAUGAUGUAGUCACGCAGUUUCAGGUGGUAUUACUUUUUAGGAUUUAGAUAAUGAAAUUCGAAUUUUUUGUGAAUUUUUUCUUUGGUAACAUCUAGAACUGAAAGGAUCAAGUUCUUUCUUAUUUUCUGAUAAAAAAUCCAAGGCAUACAUCUGUUUCCAAAAAAAAAAAACAUCUCUGUGGUAAUUGCGCUUUCAUCUUAACUAUACAGACACUUGGCUUUCCUUUGGUAAAUUAUUAGAUUUUCCUUUGGCAAGCAUUUUUUAGGCCAUAAAGUUUUUACGUAGUCCUUUUUAUUGUCAAGUUCAAAAUCCAACAUUAAGGCCGUGUUCACACUAUAUACGAGAUAGCUUUUUGUGCUGACAUAAAAAAACUGUGCGGUAUAGUAUAAACUCCUAUCUGAUAUUUGAAUCUCUGCUUAAGAGAUUGGUGUGAUGCUGCUUUGCUCCAUUUAAUACAGAAAUAGCACCAUGUCAGAACUGAUGUGGUAUAGUUUUCUUGCCAGUGAAAAAGCUAUCUAUCCUGUAUGGUGUGAACAUAAGCUAAAUCUUUCUGCAUACAUUUUUGUGGUUUCAGGAGAAAGUUUGGGGAAUUGCUUAUGAAAUCGCGUCGAGAGACAUUCCUGGGGUACUUGAGUACCUUGACUUUCGAGAAAAGAAUGGCUACAAAGCCUCAUGGGUCAGAUUCCAUCCAAAGAAUGCUGAGCAUCAAGCUUUUCAAGCAAAGCUGUACAUUGCAACUCCUCAAAAUGAAUUUUACCUUGGCCCUGCACCACUGCCUGAGAUUGCAGAACAAAUUUUGACUUCAAAAGGACCCAGUGGAACAAAUUAUGAGUACCUGAUGAAUCUUGCUCAAGCAGUGCGCAAUCUUAGUGCAGAGAUUGAGGAUGAUCAUCUCUUUCAGUUGGAAACCCUUGUCAAGAGUGGUUUAUCAAAAACUGCCUAGUGUAGAAUAGGGUAUAUUAUUAUUAUGGGCAGUGAUUUUGUUACAAAUUAAUAGUUAUGCUGAGUCCUGGGACUCAUCUUGUGAAAAGUCAUGUGUCCCACUCCAGAAACAUUGAGUCCAAGUUAAAAAAAAAACAGUCUGAAAUUGAAAAUGCUUGGGCCUUUAUGUAACCAGACAGUUAAUCUGAAGUCAUGCAGACUCCAAAACUCUGUAUUACAGUAUACUGAAAUUAAGAUAUAAACCUUCUAUUUAAAAGCACAACUAAGGCUAAAAGAAAUUUACAUUGUUGAACAACAGCCAUAAACUGUCACAGAAAUUACAUAAACGGGAUAUUUCUACAAAUAAACAUGUUCAGAUCGAUCGAUCGAUCUUUGCAUCCUACGGGACGCAUGCCAUCAAUAAAUUAUCUUGUGUCUUGGGGAUUUUUAUGCAUCAGGGAUGCAGGACACAGAGGUAACAAAUCACUGUAUGAGAGGUUAAACAGUGAUAUGAAGAAUAAUAGUUUUUGCCUUUAGGAAUUAGCAAUAUUUAUUGUCAGGGCUGUCAUUUAAGGCAGGACAGGGCUGGUGGCCAGGGAUUUUCUUCGGCUACCAUGAUCAUGACUCCAAGCUACAUGGAAAAUAGAACCAUAUGAACCUCCUUUAGCUGUUCAUUUCCCCACCCACUAAUUGCAGAUACCUGGCAACUUAAAAGCUACUUGACAGCUCUGAUUGUUGUUCGGGUAAAAAAUUGAAGAAGGGAAAAUCAGAUGUAGAGGAGUUCUUGAUAACUUUCCAUUUAGAAACAAAACAUGAAAAUAAAACCGGUUUUUCUGGGUUAUUCUUCAAGAAAAAAUUAGGAUGGAGCUGAAACAUAAGUUUAUUGUGGUCAGAUCAUAUAACCUUUGUAUAUUUAAAGUAGACUUGCCCAAUAGUUGUGAAUGAUUUAGUCACAAGAAUGAGCCCCACGCGAAACCAAAGGUCUAUAAGUUAAAGCAAACUUCAAAGUUUUAAAGACCUCACAAUUUAUAGAGAAAGUCUCAGUCAAGUGGGAGUUACAGAACAUUUAAUUGUUCUCUAACUCUGACUUUUAGAUUUUCUUGUUUGGAAUAUAGCGGUUAUUAUUUUCUAAUACCAGAUUUUUAACAAUUUGUGUAUUUUUAAAACUGCUGGUCAAAUCUGAGCAGUUUCCUGUUAUUGUUUUUUUGUAGGGUAUAUUAAUUUAUAAAGACCAGGUCCAUUUGUUGUAGAAUAUUAUUAGGUAUUUAAAAAUGACAUUGUACAACACCUCUAGCUUCAGUCAACGCCUGUUAUUAUGGAGCCCCCUUUGGGACUGCAGGUUAGUCCCUUAGCGAUAAAGUAGCCUGUUGGAGGUAUUCAGAUAGUAGGAAGAGGCCUAAAGUAAAAAAAAAUCGAGGAAAAUGGAGGGAAUCAUUUUUUGGCCCUCCCCGCCUUUUUGCUUUAAGCGAUGGCCCUACUAUCUGAACGCCUGGAACAGGCUAGUCCAUGAUAAUGGGGUAUGUAUUUUCCAUUCAAUGAUAUUAGACGGAAAAAUUCUGUAAAUUUAUAAAUAUCACAGCCAAACUUGUAAGGAUUUAAAAAUUAAAUACCAGUAGAUCAACU